CCGCAAUGGCCUGGGGGCCUCGAAUCCCCUCUUCAUUCAGCAUUCUGUCUUUUCCUUUUGUCAGUUGGAUAUAACUUGUAUAAACAGACAUCCAAAUUCACAAACACUACGCGCUUAUUUACACAUAGAUUUUAGAAAAUAUGAACACUUUAUAAAGUGGCGGGAAAUGGUGACUAUGUCAGAACACUAACGGUAUGAGCCUAGGAAGAAAGAGUAGAAAAAUGUUGCGAUGUCGCACUGUUUCCCAACAGUUUUGGGGGUUAAAGUUGAUCGUCGUCCAUAUCAAGCUUCGAGAUCCCAUAUAUCAAGAGUAAACAGGGGCCUAAUUAUUUGGUGACUAUUUUACAAUGGCAAUGACGAUUUUGGGGCACGUAGCACAAGCUUGCAUAUGAUAAUUUGGCAUAACUAGGGUUGUGACCUUAGUCAUUGGUAGUUCAGCAUGGCCACUUGCAAUCCUGUCUUUUCUGAAACAGAUUCGCUGGAAAUCACCGGUCAAAAGCUUCUUCAACUGGGUGAAGGAGAGGUCCAGUUGACAAAGCACUAUGUACCUGGGAUAGCUCUCAUUGUGCUUCACCACCCCAAACGCCACAAUGCUCUGUCGGGUAGGAUGAUGGCGCAAUUGAACGACAUUGUAAAACAACUGGAGCAAGAUCAGGGGGAUCUGGUGGCUGUUAUUAUGACGGGCAGUGCAGGCAAAUCAUUUUGUGCAGGUUUAGAUCUGAACUUUGCUCGCGAAUAUCUUCAAGAUUUAGCAGCAGCGAAAGCUAUGAAUAAAUUUAUGCAUAGUGUGCUUUCUCGAUUUGCACGUCUUCCACUGAUUACCGUGGCCUCGGUGGCCGGUCCUGCUUUAGGUGGCGGCACCGAGCUUCUUACUGCAUUUGACUUUAUUUGCAUGCACUCUCAAAGUUACAUCCGGUUUGUUCAAACGCGCAUGGGGGUCACUUCGCCUUGGGGUGGAGCCCGUCGGCUGAUGAAGCAGAUUGGUCGGAAAGAAGCGUUGCGAGUCAUGGCCAGUGCUCCGGUGCUGUAUGCUCAGGAAGCAAAAGAGAUUGGCUUGAUUGACGUUAUUAUCCCAGUGGAACUCUCCAGCAACCGUUAUGAAACUUGCCUUGCCGCUUGUGUGGAAUUCUUAAAACCAUUUGUCACGGAUGACCACGGUGCGAGAGUGGCUCCUGAUGCGGUGCGCGGCAUGAAGCGGCUAUUGACUGCCGCAGAUUCGGAAGAACAGAUAGAGCAGGACAUGCUGAUCUUUUCCCAAAGCAACCAAUCUAAACUCUGAAUCAGCAAUCCUGUUGCCCCAUGGAUGAUGGUAAAAAAGUAGCUAAUCUUUGUAUUUUUGUUUUCAUGCCAUUUGUAUGAAAUUUCACUUUGAAAAUGCCAAAAAAAAAAAGUGGUUUAAGAUACCGACGGGUUGCCAAAUAAAGAAUUCUGGCAUUAAGC